UUUGCGACAGUUUUAAUCGUGGAGAUUUGGAUUCUUUAUUUCAAAACAAAAAUAAGUUAAAACCGUCGUAUAAAAAAUAUGCAACAUAACCCUUUUUACUUGCCAGUAUUAGACAUGAAAUAUUGUAUACUCAGUCGACGUAUACCUAGCUAAGCUUUUAAGACAAACCGCGCUUAUAAAUCAAACUGGCUAAUGUAAACAACAAGAAAAACCGGUUUCAGACUCGCCAAAUGAAAACCAUAAAUAAAUUUGUCAGAAUAUACAAAAGUAAUGAGAUGGCCGGCCAGCUCACCAGACCUAAACCCUAUCGAAAACCUUUGUCACAUUCUGUUUGAUGAAGUAGCAAAGCCGUAUAAUUAAAAUCAAUUAAAAUAUGAAUCCCAAAAACAAUAGGAACAAAAAAUCCAUUACUAAUAAUUAUGCAGCCUUGUUUAUAAAAACAACACCAUUAGUCGCAAUUUUUCCAACGCGUCCACGUCAAGGCUGCAGACUUAAUGCAUGCAUCACCAUUCAGUAGUGUUGUUGCACCCGAACCAACCAUGUCUUUUAAGUGCAUCGAUGUUCAAAAACUGUACGAAAAAGACAAGAACGUCAGAAAAUCAGACGUGGAAAUUUUAACAGAAUGGUUGAAAAAGCAGCCACAUUUACCAGAAAUGGAAGAAAUGCAAGUAGCCGCCUUUCUCCACAGUUGCUACUACCAGAUUGAAAGAGCCAAAAUCACCAUCGACAACUACUUUACCAUGAAAACUCACCACCCGGAAUUAUUUACGACUUUGAAUGAAACCCAGCUGCGAAAAUCGAUGUCCGCGGUUUUCGUUAAGGUCCUACCAAAAACUACUCCUGAAGGCUACGUCGUCUUUUUGUUAAAACUGCUGGAUUUUAAAGCCGACUAUUUCAACUUUUUUGAUCAGGUGUGUGUGAUUAACAUGGUUUCGACGCUCUAUCUUCAUCAGAAUGGGUUUGAAACAGGCGCGGUGAUAGUAUUUGACUCGAAAGGAUUCACUUUAAGUCACUUGCGAAAUUUAACUUCAGUGCGUUGAAACAUGCGGUGGAUCACCUCCAGGAGGGUGCCCCAGUUAGGGUCAAAAGUGUCCACUUCAUAAACGUGGUCCCCGUGCUCGACAAAGUCAUGAGUUUGAUCAAACCCUUGUUAAGGGGCGAAGUUUUCAACAUGUUACAACUACAUCCGUCUAUGGAAUCGUUCCACAAACACAUACCGAAGGAAUGCAUGCCUGAAGACUACGGAGGGGGGGUUUCGUCGUGCCAGAAGCUACAAGACGAAAAUUUGGAAAACUGUCUGAAGAGUUACGAUUUUUUCCAAUGGCAUGAGUCGCAAAGGGUCGACGAGAUGAAGCGAGUCGGAAAGUGUGCCAGUUCCUUCGGGAUCGACGGGACUUUCAAAAAAUUGAAUAUUGAUUAGGGUCAGCUUUUUAAUUUUUCGAUUUUCUAAUUAUUCAAUGUUUAAAUUUCCCAAUUUUUCAUCAUUUUACUUUUGAGAUCUUUUUCAAUUU